AUGUUAAGAAUCUCAUUUUUUGGCCUUAUACUUUUAUCAAGCAAGAUCUGCUGCGGAGAAUCUCUGUCUGUUCCGUCUGUGUAUUCUAACGAAGACAGCUACAUAAAAGCGAUAGGCCGUUUUGGAACCGAACUCGAGUGUUUUGUUAACACGUGCUUGGGUAAAAACCAAACGGUCAGAUGGUUCAAAAACAAUCGUGUCAUAUCGCAGAACCUGAACGUCACGUCGUCUUCUGCGCGCAUUCGGCACAAAGUCUACUUUGAUCCCUCGAAAGAUUGCGUGGGAGGAUGCUUCGGAGCUUUGCGGGAGUGUCCUAAGGGGCAGAAAUGCCUGAAUUCGGCCUGCUGCACAUGUGAGAAGGAAGAGUUCACAUUGCUCCUUUGGAACUUAACUUAUGAAGACACAGGAAUUUACCGGUGUCAUUUGGAUGGCGGAAACAGCGUUGAACUUGAUCUGGAAAUCGUCGAAAACGGUCUUUUCCCCUCAAACAACAAUUUCACUUUUGACUAUUCAGAAUGCUGCAGGAGAGAAAACGUCAGUGAAGCAUGUCUGCCGCUCUGCCACCCGAGCCGCAUAGAGAUGCACAAAUUCGACCCUGUAUCUUGUGAAAACGAGUAUGGAAAAAUGCUGCGAUGUGUCACUGAUGCAGGGAACGUCAGUCAUGAACACUGCUGCCGUUCGCACCUCGUACCGCCGUUCUGUUGGGAUUUUUGUACUGGACGCUUGACGGAACUGCGACGUACGCAUCAGUUCUGUACGUACUGGAUGCACGAAAUCUUCGAUUGCUAUGAAAGCCACUAUCUUCCAUUUCCUGGACCCCCUGAAAAUCUCAUAGUAAAUAGCUUGAAUUCGACGAGCGUUAGAGCUUGCUGGCGAAUGCCGAAGAUUCGCCCUGAAACUGUCGACUACUUCACUGUUCGAUAUCAAGAAUUACCGGACUUCCCCCUGAUACCGAUCUUUCGCGAGUUCGAGAAUGACCUCAUGAACAUGACGCCUUUGUCUCGUAACCUGCCGGGCAACAUGGACGUGACCGACCUUGGGGCGCCAGAAAUUGUUCAUAUACGUAGCGCGCGGCAGUCGAUCUUCAUAAAAAUGCAGGAUUUGCAGACUAAUAAAACGGACAUUCGAGAAUACAAGUUAAAUGAAGUUCAAGCCAAUGACACUUGUAUGACUAUAACCGGUCUGAAGCCUGGUACGCAGUAUCUGUUCUAUGUUACUGCCACAAACAGUUUCGGUACUAGCCUGCCGACUUUGAAGGAGACAGUCGAAACAGCGCCAAGUAAUUACUGCUUUUGAUA